AUGGUGAAUCUGCUCUUUCUCGUCUCUGGGCUCAUGGCCUCGGCUUCCCUAGCUUUCCCUUUGGAUUUCAGGAGCCAGACUGAGCAUGCUUGUGGUACCCGGAGUAUCAGCGCAGAGGAGGGCGAGCUAUUUGGGCGGCAGAGCUCUCAGCCUGACAAUGGAGAAGUCAUCGACCUGGGAUGUGUUGUGCAUUUAUGCUGUGGCGAGGGCGAGAAUUGUCCCUCGAAAGAGCUCGUUCAGGAGGCUGUUGACCAUAUGAAUACUUUCAUCGACGGGGCCAAUAUCAAGUUUAACCUCAACAACGUUUCGCGUAUCGAUAGUGCACGUUGCACUGCCGGCUUGGAGAAUAACCCGGCUAUGGAUAACUUGAAGGCUGAAGUCCAUCAGGGCAAUACGAGCACCCUCAACCUUGUUUAUGUGCCGACAAAUCGGGGUGCAGGAGUCAAGGGUGUGUGCGUUUUACCGCAAGCCGGCACCGACAUUGCCAAAAAUAUCGGCAGCAAGGACGGAUGCGUUGCCGCUAUGGACACUCUGCCCGACAGAAGCUCAGCUUCGAUAACGACCACGCAUGAGAUGGGCCACUGGCUCAGCCUUCCUCAUGUAAACCAAGGGGGCCAUUCGGGACGUGGUGGUCUAUGGGGGAGGGUGUCUAGCCGUCUCCUUGGACGGCAAAGCGGCCGUGGUGGUGGAAACGUUAUGGAGCCUGUGUCGUCGCCAGGCAAGCAGUAUGCUUUCAGCCGAGCUCAGUUCCAACAGAUGCGCCAGGUAGCGCUAAGCCGCUUGAAUGAGCAAGAGGUCCCUAUAGGUAACAAAGGUCCAUCUCGGCCGAACGGCCGGCCGCCAGGGAACAGCCAGCCGCCAGGGAACGUCCAGCCGCCAGGGAACUUCCAGCCGCCAGGGAACGAUUCAGGGAACGACUCCGAGCCAGGGAACGACUCCGAGCCAGGGGACGACUCCGAGCCAGGGGACGACUCCCAGCCGUGGGACGACUCCCAGCCGUGGGACGACUCCCAGCCGUGGGACGACUCCCAGCCUGGCUUCGACGGCCUCAGGUCUACUCUAGUGCCACUUCAGAUAUUCCCGGAUGAUGUGCUCCUGUCCGAGGGUGUAUACGACUGA